AUGCCGUCCUACUUCAAAUUCAGCGAUUUGGAGCAAAACAACAACAAACGGGACGACGACUUCAAACCCCGUAAAGACGCCAUGUCUUCGCCUCUCUCCAUGUUCAACCAGGUGCCCACCCGAAUUCUCAGACUCGUGGGUCUGUCCGUGUGCGCUCUGGUGUUUGUCUUCCUGUUUCUGAGAAACACCGAUAGCAACACAGUGGUGGUCAACGACACCACCAAGGCCGCCGCUUCCGGAAAUGUCAAGUCCGCGCCCGAGGCCACCCCCCAGGACCCCCUCACGUGCACAAAGUCCUUCGACGGCGUCACCCCCAUCACCCAGUACGUCGUCAUGAUCGAUGCCGGCUCGUCGGGCUCGCGAAUCCACGUCUACAAGUUCAACAACUGUCAGUCCACCCCCCGACUGCUCGACGAGCACUUUGUCAUGGACAAGCCCGGUCUGUCUGCCUUCACCGACCCCGAGGAGGCCGCCCAGUCCCUCGACAAGUACCUUGACAGCGCUCUCGAGUACAUCCCCGAGGAGUACCACUCGUGCUCUCCUCUGCAGGUCAAGGCCACCGCUGGUCUGCGAAUGGUCGGCGAGCAAAAGUCCAAGGAGAUCCUGCAGGCCGUCCGGGACCGAAUCCAGGCCAAGUACCCCUUCCCCAUUGCUGGAGACGACGGUGUGGGCAUGAUGUCCGACUCUGACGAGGGAGUCUACGCCUGGAUCACCAUCAACUACCUGCUGGGAAAGAUUGGUUCGCCCGAGAAGAAGCCCACCGUUGCUGCCUUUGAUCUUGGAGGAGGCUCCACCCAGAUUGUGUUUGAGCCCGAGCUCAAGGGAGACAAGAAGCCCACCGCUAAGCAGAUCCAGUCGGCCAUGCAGCCCGGAGACCACGUCUACGACCUCAAGUUUGGCGAUCUGUCUUACUCGCUUUACCAGAAAUCGCAUCUUGGAUACGGCCUCAAUGCUGCCAAGGACCAGAUGUACAAGCAGGUUGUCAUGAACCACAUCAACUCUGAUGACAGCGUUGUUGAGGACGGUGCCACUCUUGUCAACCCUUGUGUGCCCAGCGGUCUGGAGAUCAAAAACGUCAAGGUCAAAAUCAACGCCGAGAAGACCUACACAGUCAACUUCCGAGGCCCCUCCAAGCCCCAGACCUCUGCUCAGUGCAGAAAGAUCGCCGAAGACAUUCUUCACAAGGAUCAUGAGUGUACCGUCGAGCCCUGUGCAUUCAACGGUGUCUACAUGCCUUCUCUGGCUGAGACCUUUCUCCGAGAGUACAAGCUGUACAUCAUCUCCUUCUUCUACGACCGAACCGCUCCCCUCGGUAUGCCCUCCGACUUUUCUGUUGAGGAGCUGCAGGAUCUGACCCAGCGUGUGUGCCAGGGCGAGUACGACGGCUUCAAGGCCAUCCCCGGCGCCAUCAGUGAGCUCAAGGAGAACCCCGCCUGGUGCAUGGAGUUGACAUACAUGGUGUCUCUGCUGCACCAGGGUUACGAGAUCCCUGUGGGCCGAGAGGUGACCAUCGCCAAGAAAAUUAAGGAUUACGAGCUGGGAUGGUGCCUGGGUGCUUCUCUUCCUCUGCUCCACAAGAAUGGUAAGGAUGGAUGGACUUGCAAGCUCAAGAAGCAGUAA